ACCGUCAUAAGUCGAGUAUGUGGUUUUCAUCCUUUCGCCAUAUAAAGAAAGAAGAACAAGGACACAAAGAAACCCACGGAACACUUACAAGUUUCCACACAAGGCGCCGAUCUGUUCUUUUCAGGUCCGUAAACUUCCGGGUUAACCUGCAGUCAACAUGACUAAGACCGUGAAGUUUGAUUGGCAGAAGAAGCUCAUCGAGAAGAGGAAGACACCAAAGGGUGAUGCUACAGUCAAGAAACCUCAUCUGAAGAGGUUUGGUCGCCUCUAUGCCAAGGCUACCUUCACUGGGUACAAACGCGGGUUAAGAAACCAGCAUGAGAACACUGCACUUCUCAAGGUUGAAGGUUGUGUCAGCAAGGAAAAUGUUAACUUCUAUGUUGGCAAGAAGGUUGUUUUCGUCUACAGGGCUAAGAACAAGACUUCAGUCCCCGGCAAGACCAAGCUGAAGACUCGUGUCCGUGCUAUCUGGGGCAAGAUCACCCGACCCCAUGGUUGCCGUGGUAGUGUGCGCGCCAAGUUCACCUCAAAUCUGCCAGCUACUGCCAUUGGAAAGGGCAUUAGAAUUAUGUUGUACCCCUCAAGGAUCUAACUUAGGACUUCCUCUUAAAUAAAAAAAUAAAAAAAAUCCUAA